UUUUGGCGGUUACGCCGCGUCUUCACAAGAACCUGCAACUAAUUUCACUGAACGUUCCAAAACUUAUUCCACUGAUGAUAGGAAGUCAAUAAAAUGGGAAAAGUGUAUUCUCUACUUCUACGACCAAUUCGUACAUUUAAUAUUGAAAAUAAAGCACAUCGAAUUAUUUCAAGAGAUAAACCUGUGCCUGCUCCUUUACAUUCAUCAGUACAGAAACAAAAGAAACUUGUAGAUGAAUUAAAACCUGAUUUUAUGGAAAUUCACUAUAAGAAGGAUUCUCAAUUAGAUGACCGUUUAAAAAAUGUUUUUGUUAAAUCAAAAGAUCCAAAGGAUAUACCAAAACAAAAUACAUCCAAAUUACCACAGGAUAGAAGUCAACGUUCUUCAGAAGACUAUGAUUUUAAAACUUAUGAGGGUAAAUGUAAUAUAAAACAAGUUAUACAUUUCAUGAAUAUGCACUAUGAAAAUCCUAGAGAAUAUUCUGUAGAAAAAAUAUCUCUACAAUACAAAAUAGAUAAACAAAUAAUAGAAAAUAUUUUAACGUAUUUUAAAAUUUUACAUUGUGUAGCAGAUGCUGAACAAUUGAAAUUAAAUGAUGGUAAGAAAAAAUAA